AUUGACACCCGAUUAAAAAUAAAUCAUUGAAAUGUCAGAUGCGUUCUAAUUUUCUUGAGCUCUCGCGGGCGCGGGUCGUUUCGCCAAUCGCCAUGAGGAAGACUGUUGUCUACAGCGUGGGUAACUACUCCAUGACUGGCAGAGUGCUGGGCAAAGGACACUUUGCGAGGGUGGAAGAGGCGACACAUAAAAUUAUCGGGAAGAAGGUGGCCAUCAAGGUCAUCGACCUGACACUGAUAAAGGAGGAGUACGCGCGACGCAACCUGCACCGCGAGCCGCGCGUCAUGGCGCGCCUGCAGCACCCCUGCAUCGCCGCGCUGUAUGAGACCAUGAUGCACGGUCCUCGUCUUUAUGUGGCUAUGGAGGCGGCGGGGGGCGGGGACUUGUGUUCGCUCGUGCUGGCGGCGCGGGGCGGGGGGCGGGGCCUGCCCGAGACCGCAGCGCGCCCGCUCGCCGCGCAGCUCGUCAGUGCCGUGCGGCAUAUGCACUCUAGAGGCGUUGUGCACAGAGAUUUGAAAAUGGAAAACAUCAUGUUGGACUCUACUAAGCAGUUCAUAAAGAUCGUUGAUUUCGGCCUAUCCAACCUGUGGGGGUGCGGCGGCGCGCUGCAUACACCGUGCGGCUCGCUGGAGUACGCCGCGCCCGAGCUGUUCGUCGACGGACGACGGUACGGCCCCGAGGUCGAUCUGUGGAGUGUCGGCGUGAUAGUAUACGGCAUGGUGACCGGCAGUCUGCCGUUCACCGCGCCGAGCCCGGAGUCGGCGUCGCGCGCGCAGCUCCGCGCCGCCAUCACGCGCGGCUUCGGACGCAAGCAGAGAGACGCCCUCGCGCCUUUUACUACAGAAUGCAAGGCCUUCGUGGAGCAUCUACUACAACCGCGCGCCGAGUCGCGCAUGCGUAUAGAGGAGGCGGCGCGCCAUCGCUGGAUCCGCCGGCCAGGCCUCAACAUGAAGCGGCACCCGUUCGCCGCGCUCGACCCCAACUACAACAGAGCGUUAUAUCGCCAAAUAGCUGAGCUCUGCGGCAUCAGCUUCACAGACGUGGUGUCGCAGGUCAAAUCUGACCCGUUUGGCCCCGUAGCUGGGAUAUACAACAUCAAAAUACACCUACACCAGCUAAAGUCUGGCGGCAUGGAGCUAUGGACUGCGAACACUGAGGAGCCCCGCCCGGCCACGCCCCCAGAGUAUCAAACCAAAUUUGAAGCCAAAUCUGUACCAAAUAUACCGACACAACCGGUCAAACAUACACCGAGCCAAACGAAUGACGUUAAAACAGCACCUACAAAACAAAAUGGAUUAAAAAUGGGACUGAAUCAAAAGACUAACGCGGUUAAAAUAAUACUAAACCAGGUACAGACAUUACAAAAUCAAAAUGGAGUUAGAACUAAAAUUACAAAUGGGGUCAAAAUAACCCCACGACAAAUACAAAAGGAGGUCAAAACGGACCCACGAGAAAAACAGAUUCCUCGGCCUAGACAAAUAGAACCGAAACCUCCUGAUACCAAACUAGCACAAGACGCGGAAGUGAACAACUUGAUCAAUGACGUAAAGAAGAUCCUCCAGAGUCCACCCAAAAGACCCACCAGGUUAUACGGGAAGAGACUCGGGACUGGGGACGUGGGGUUGACCUCCAUCCGGGAACAUUCCGACAAGACCAGGGUGAUGAGAGACGAGAGACUGAACAGCUGUCCUAAUUCCGUGGACAAGAAGAUUAGCUUCUAUAAGAGGGCUGGCGAUGGGUUGCCUAGUUGGCGAAGCUGCGGGUUUCAACCACUCUCGGCGCGCCCGGGCCUCACCGUCGCGACAAUAAAACGAGCCGCAUUCGGUAAUACCCUGAGCCAGUUGGCAAAUGGACGUUGUAGCAGCGACAGAUCUAUGCCGGUCGGUUGGUUAUCAAGCCGCAUAAGCAAGGAGAGUCACCUGCAGCGCUUGAGACGGACGGCGCCAAUGAAAUGAACCGACACUUUUUUAAAAUUCAUUUAUUUUUUAAGACUUUUAGCUAAGGAAUCAUGCUAGAGCAGGAUUGGUCCAAUAUUUGACAAAUGUUGGGAUAUUGGCCUAACAUUCAAGACCGAAUUCCGCAAUAUUGGCCUAACAUUGGAUCAAUCAGGCUAAAGGAUUUACCGAUGUGUUCAUACUUUUGAUAUAAAUUAUUAUCACUUUAUUUUGAAUAAAUAGUGUCUUUUUGU